AUGGGUUUAUCUCUAUUACGCCAUAGAAUCCCAGUAAUAACCCGUUUCUAUUCCAGAAUGAGCACUUCCCAGACUGCUCCUGUGACCGAGUGGCCAGCCACCCGUGUCAGAGCUACCUUUUUGGACUAUUUCAAGCAAAACGAGCACAAGUACGUGCCAUCAUCUUCAGUUGUUCCUCACGGAGAUCCAACUUUGUUGUUCGCCAAUGCCGGUAUGAACCAAUAUAAGCCUGUUUUUUUGGGAACUGUAGACCCUGCCUCCGAACUUGCCACUUUGAAGCGUGCCGUCAACUCCCAAAAGUGUAUCCGUGCUGGUGGUAAGCAUAAUGACUUGGAAGACGUUGGCCGUGAUUCCUACCAUCAUACCUUUUUCGAAAUGUUGGGUAACUGGUCCUUUGGUGACUACUUCAAGACCGAGGCAAUUGCCUGGUCUUGGGAAUUACUUACCAAGGUCUACGGUUUGGACAAGGACAGACUCUAUGUGACCUACUUUGGUGGUGAUGAAGCCCAAGGUUUGGCUCCAGAUUUGGAAGCCAAGCAAUUGUGGUUAGACGUUGGUGUUGAAGAAGACCACAUCUUACCAGGUGAUGUCAAGGACAACUUCUGGGAAAUGGGUGACCAAGGUCCUUGUGGUCCUUGUAGUGAAAUCCAUUAUGACCGUAUUGGAGGUGGCCGUAAUGCUGCUCUGUUGGUCAAUAUGGACGACCCUAAUGUGUUGGAAGUUUGGAACGUUGUGUUCAUUCAAUACAACAGAGAAGCUGACUCCAGCUUACGUUCUCUCCCAUCCAAGCAUAUCGAUACCGGUAUGGGUUUCGAACGUUUGGUUUCCAUUCUUCAAGACAAGUCUUCUAACUACGAUACUGAUGUUUUCCAACCAAUCUUCCACAAGAUUAGAGAAAUCACUGGUGUUAGACCAUACACUGGUAAGUUCGGUGCCGAAGACAAGGAUGGUAUCGACACCGCCUACCGUGUUGUUGCUGACCAUGUGAGAACCUUGACCUUUGCCAUCUCCGAUGGUGGUGUACCAAACAACGAAGGUAGAGGUUAUGUCUUGAGAAGAAUCUUGAGACGUGGUGCCAGAUAUGUCAGAAAGUACAUGAACUACCCUAUUGGUGGCUUCUUCCUGCAAUUGGUUGGUGUUGUCAUUGAACAAAACUCUGAAAUUUUCCCUGAAAUUAGCUCUAAGCAAGAUGAUCUUCGUGAAAUUUUGAAUGAAGAAGAAUUAUCCUUUGCUAAGACUUUGGACAGAGGUGAAAAAUUGUUUGAACAAUACGCCAUUGUUGCCAGCAAGACCCCAGAACAAACUUUGAGCGGUAAGGAUGUGUGGAGAUUGUACGACACUUACGGUUUCCCAGUUGAUUUGACCAGAUUAAUGGCUGAGGAAGCCGGUUUGAAGAUCGACGAAGAAGGCUUUGAAAAGGCCAAGGAAGAAUCCAGAGAAGCUUCCAAGGCUACCACCAGCAAGGGUGGUGUUACCUUUGCUAAGCUUGAUGUCCAUGCUAUGUCCGAAUUAAGUGAAAAGAAGAUUCCAACCACCAAUGACUCCUUCAAGUACGGUUUGGAAAACACCAAGAGUGAAAUCUUGGCUAUUUAUGACGGUAAGCAAUUUGUUGAUGAAAUCAGUGGUGAUGCCAACGUUGGAAUUGUCUUGGACAAGACUCCAUUCUAUGCCGAACAAGGUGGUCAAGAAUACGAUACCGGUAAGUUGGUCAUUGACGGUGUUGCCGAAUUCGAUGUUUCCAACGUUCAAUUGUACGGUGGUUAUGUGUUACACACUGGUUCUCUUGUGGAAGGUACCCUCAAGGUUAGCGACUCUGUGAUUGCCACUUACGACGAAUUAAGAAGAUGGCCUAUCAGAAACAACCACACUGGUACCCAUGUCUUGAACUACGCCUUGAGAGAAGUUUUAGGUGACACUGUCGACCAAAAGGGUUCUCUUGUCAACCCAGAAAAGUUGAGAUUCGACUUUUCUCACAAGCAAGCAUUGACUCCAAAGGAAUUGGGAGCUGUUGAAAAGAUCUCUAACGAGUAUAUCAAGUCCAACAAGCAAGUUUACGCCAAGGAAGUGAGUCUUGCUCAAGCCAAGGAAAUCAGCGGUCUUCGUGCUGUUUUCGGUGAAACUUACCCUGACCCAGUUAGAGUUGUUUCUGUUGGUGUUUCCGUUGACGAUUUACUUGCCACACCAGAAAAUGAUGCUUGGAGCAAGGUUUCCAUCGAAUUUUGUGGUGGUACCCAUGUCACCAAGACUGGUGAAAUCAAGGAUUUGGUUGUAAUUGAAGAGUCUGGUAUUGCUAAGGGUAUCAGAAGAGUUGUUGCUGUCACUGGACAAGAAGCCCACAGAGUGCAACAAGUUGCUGCUGACUUUGGCCAACAACUUGACAGUGCUGCCAAGUUGCCAUUUGGAGCUGACAAGGAAUCCAAGGCCAAGGAACUCGGAGUUGCCCUCAAGAAGUUGACCAUCUCUGUCUUGGAAAAGCAACAACUUAACGAAAAGUUCACACAAUUGGACAAAUCCAUCAAGGAUGAACAAAAGCGUAAGCAAAAGGAAGACAGUAAGAAGACUAUUGAAGCUGUUUCCGAAUGGUUGCAAGACGAAAAGAAGAAGGCUGAAAACUUCUUUGUUGCACACGUUCCAAUCGGAGCCAAUGCCAAGGCCAUCACUGAGGCUAUCAACUUGGUCAAGAAGCAAAAUAAGGAAAAGUCCGUUUAUUUGAUUACCGGUACCGAGGGUAAGGUUGCCCACGGUUGUUACGUUUCAGACGAAGCUAUUGCCAAGGGUGUAGACUCCAGUGCUUUGGGUCAAGCUGUUUCCUCCAAGAUUGGUGGUAAGGCCGGUGGUAAGGGUAAUGUUGUCCAAGGUAUGGGUGACAAGGUUGAAGGUAUCAAGGAAGCCAUUGAAGAAGUUACCAAGUUGUUUGCCGAGAAGUUGUAA